AUGGAGCCCAAGGUGGUUUGUGUCCUGCUCCUGGUCUGUGUGCUGGCCGCUGGCAGCCUGGCCCAGGGCAUGGAGGGGACGUGUGAGAUGGAGCCCAAGGAAAGAGAAAAUUGCGGCUACCCCGGCGUCACACCUCAGGACUGUGCAGACAGAGGCUGCUGCUUCGACAACAGCGUGCGAGGGUUCCCCUGGUGCUUCCACCCCAGGGCGUUGGGGCCAGAUGAGGAGGACUGCGUCUUCUAGAGGGGGCUUCGCCGGAGC